AUGGUUUCUCCGUUGACGUCUACCAAUGUUGAAAUAUUGGAAAGUCCUUUGCCUCCGGCUCCCGACGCUAGUACUGUUCUAACCCCGUUACAAUGGAAAACGCUUCUGGCCCUGGCAGAUACUGUUAUCCCCUCCAUCAGACCAAGAAGCGCCGCCGUGUGUCCGGGUGCUUGUACGAUCAGUGAUGCUGAGUUUGCACUUGCAACUCAUACCCUUCAGUCCGUUCAGAAUGACUUUGCGCACUCCGACAUCGCCGUUCAAUUUCUCGCCGAAAAUGCUUCUUCUGUCCCCGAAUUCAAAGAGAGCAUGUGUCGUGUGCUCGGUCAACAACUCCCAGAUGAGGCGAGGCGAGGUAUCAGCGUCAUCCUCAACGCCCUCAAUAGUCGUCCUGUGGCUCUCGCCUUGACUGGAUACGCAGCCCCUAUCCAGUGUCAGCCUUAUCCUGUUCGCGAAGCAAUUUUUCGAGGCUGGGCUACUUCAGUUCUUCCACCCAUCCGCAGCUUAUACCGUUCGCUGAUUGCACUCUUCCACAAAGCAUGGGUCCCCUUAAGCCCAACCCUCCCCGCUAUUAUCGGCUUCCCCAGGGUACCUGUCAAUUUCACUCCUGUGGAAGGUUACCCCUACGAAUUUAUGCAAUUCCCUCCUGGUGACAAUACCGAAGCUAUCAUGACUGAUGUAGUCAUCAUCGGUAGCGGUUGCGGUGCAGCUGUAGCGGCGAAAAACAUUGCGGAAGCAGGCCACAAUGUAAUUGUGGUUGAAAAAUCUUAUUAUUGGUCGGAGAAGCACUUCCCCAUGACAAUGAAGGAAGGAGCAUUGAAUUUGUUCGAAAAUGGAGGCACCAGUAUUUCUGAUGAUGGCUCGGUUGCCGUCAUCUCGGGCUCGGUUUGGGGCGGUGGUGGAACCAUUAACUGGUCAGCAUCGCUACAGACCAAGAGCUACGGUGCACCGAAGCUGGGUUACGCUGCUAAGACUGUCCCUCAGAAUACGGGUAACCAGGAACAUAAUUGUGGGCACUGCACCCUGGGCUGUGGAUCUUGUGGCAAGAAGGGUCCCCAGGUGACCUUUCUGGCCGACGCUGCCCGCGCAGGUGCCCAAUUUAUUGAAGGAUUCCACGCUGAGCGGAUCUUGUUUAAAGAGGGUAAUGCUGGAAACUGUCUUGCUCAUGCAAUUGAAGGAACUUGGACUUCAAGGGACCUCAAUCGAGGCAUUAGUGGAAAGCCUGUCAUUACACGCAAGGUGGUAAUCAAGGCCAAAAAAGUCAUUGUGGCAUGCGGUUCUUUGCAGAGCCCCCUGUUGCUGCUCAGGAGUGGCUUGAAAAAUCCACAAAUUGGGCGUAACUUGUACUUACAUCCAGGUGAGCUCACUCCCCCAUAUGGUGUUCUAAGCGGCAAGCUGAAUUUUCAUAUGAACGCUAACGCCUAUUCAAUAUGUGAAGUUGUUCUCCUAUCUGCCGUAUUUGGAGAAGAAAUGAAACCAUGGGAAGGGGCUAUUCUCACCGCUGUGAUAAACGAGUUCGAGGAUUUGGAUGGUCGCGGGCACGGAGCAAAAAUCGAAACGGUAACAACAGUGCCCUCGUUUUUCCUCCCAGUGUUCCCUUGGACCAAUGGCCUUGAGUACAAGCGCUUUGUUUCAAAACUUCGCAACAUGGCUGGGUUCAUCACUGUAACCCGUGAACGAUACGGUGGGAGAGUUUACCCCGACCCCGUCGACGGCAGAUGUAGAAUAUCCUACACGCCCUCUCUCUUCGAUAGAAAAAAUAUGAUCGAAGCAAUUAUUGGCGCCGCGAAAGUUGCUUAUGUUUGCGGCGCUCAAGAAAUUUAUACCUCAAGUCGUGACAUUCCAUCGUUCAUUCGACCAGAACGUUCAGCAACUGACACUUGCGGGCCCGAAGCAGGCAUCAAUCAUGCCGCAUUCCAAGCCUGGAUCAAAAAAGUACGCCAUACGUACUCUCCGCUGCCUCCUGAACAUACAGUGUUUGCAAGUGCCCAUCAGAUGGGUACCUGUCGUAUGGGCACGUCGCCGAAAUCCAGCGUCGUUAGUCCAAGCGGAAAAGUGUGGGGAACUGAAGGGCUUUACGUUGCUGAUGCGUCUGUUUUCCCCAGUGCUAGUGGCGUUAACCCGAUGGUAACGAACAUGGCUAUUUCAGAUUGGACCACCCAGAACAUUUUGAAGGUUCUCAACAGUGAAAGAACUCCCGCCAACCCACGACUGUAG